AUGAAGCCUAGUGAAUCCUCCGCAAAAGCUACCUUAUGGAGCCAGCUCUCCGGAUUGAUUACAAGUCUUCGUUCAACUUCUGAGGAUGAGAAAUCAAAGGUUUUGGACAUACUGAAAUCGGCUGUGGCGCAGCUUGAAAAAAAGCAAUCGGUAUCCUUACCUGACGGUGGUUCAGACAAUGCGGAUCUCUCCAGCAAUGCUAUGUCCGACUGCAACAACUCUUCGACCAUUGUUCGUGGUUCGGAGCAGUGUGAACUGAGAACAAAUGAGGUUUCCUCUUCUCUGAAGGAGAAUUCGGUAUCCACAUGCGAAGCCCCCGACCUUUUUCUUAAAGAUAUAGUCAUAUCUUCAUUUCUUGAUGAAGUUCCGGACAACUCGAAGCGAGACACCAAUACAGUAGCUGCCACUGCUAGUGAAGAUUGUGUGACGAAACCUGGGGCUGUCCGACAUUCCACAACCAAAUCUUCCCCGACGUGGAAACGCUUAAAGCCCCGCAGACCGCUUGCACUACUCAGCUGUCCCAUUUGUCAUCAGACAUUCGCCGACUGGAAAUCGUUGGAAAAACACUUGUACGUAGGACAUAGUAGCAAUCUGGCUCCCGUCUGUUGGCGAUGUCAGGGCGUGUUUGACAAUCAUGCUGUGCUGCUGGCUCAUGAAUGUUUCGACUGGGGUCGAGCAACCGCAGAGGACAACCGUGAGGACUUUUUGCAUCCGAAAAGCGAGGCUGCCCUGCACGAUUGCGUGCGCCGUUUGUUUGAGCGCUUCUAUCAGAUGGAUAAAUAUGAUCCAACGGUUUCGUCCGAACGUUUUAAUCCAUCACCGACCGGACCUGGAUCAUUGAUUCCUUCUUCAUCACUAUCAUCAGACUCUGCGGAAACCGGAAUCCCAUCGGUAGAUCUGCCGGAACCUGGUGAACUCACAAUUUCCUCCGCAAUGGAACCCCGUUUGGCCACAAACCCGUCCUAUCACGCAUCUUGCCCCGUCUCCGGUGAUCGACGUGCAGACGAUAAACAACUCACCUCAACCGUACGUCGCGACCGGACCGUGCGGGCCAUGUUAUGGCGACGUAAACGAAAAUCAACACUUCGACGUACCUGUUACCGCACACGUGAUCAAAUGGAAGCUCCUGAUUCAAUCAAUUCCACGGACGAGACGAAGCAAACGACCGCUCGGCGCGGGUUUAUUGAAGAUAUCAAUUGGAUCCACACGUUACCCCGAGUCUCUGCUCUUUUUCAGCGUGGCGCGAAAUCCUCCCGGGUUCAGAACAAUCGACCCAAUUCAACUCGUGAGGUUUCGACGGAGGAAUCCACUGCCGAUUCGCAAGGACCACCCUAUGUAUGUUUAUUCUGCAAUCGUCAAUAUCUCACCAUACACAGCCGACGACGUCACGAGAACCAAAGUCACUGGGGCCAAUAUCGUCUUUGUUGUGGCUACUGUGACUAUCGAACCAAUGUUAGACCAGCCUACGAUGAACAUUUAGCCCGGCAUUUCCACGUUCGGCGAUUUGUAUGUCCAAAUCAGUCGUCCUCCGGUUCAUCUGUUCAUAGGGAGCUUAGUCAGUCCCAGUUACAGUUAUCCGAUGACAUUCCGAGAAUAUUUUAA